CCUGUCCCCAGUUAACCAUCUACUUCCCGCUAUGCUAAAAUAGUCUUGCCUCUGAUCAGUCAACCCAUUCCAGGGUGGGGCAUGACCUCGUGGACUGAGAGAUAGCAGAAGGAGACCCACCCCUUCCCUGCUGGUCCUUCUGGACUCCGAUCCUGAAAAUCCAGUCCAGUUUUCUAGCCCAAUUGCCCCCUUGCUUGGGUAACUAUCUAUAAAGGGCAGCCCCGAGACACAUGCACCUGGCAGAACAGGUUGCAGGUGGCUUGGGUGAAGCUAACAGAAUCUGAGCAACUGGAGAGGAGCCAUUGCUGGGAAAUAUGGCAGAGAAAGGAUCCCCAUUACUUGUGACGCUGUUGGUAAUGGCCAACGUCAUUAUUAUGCUUGCCGGCCUGGCACUUUACGCUGAAUCCAUCUGGGUAACGGCUGAUCCAUAUAAAGUGUACCCCAUCAUGGGGGUGACAGGCAAAGAUGAUGUCUACGCAGGUGCCUGGAUCUCCAUUUUCACUGGGUUUUCCUUCUUCUGUGUCUGUAUCUUUGGGAUCAUCAGCCUUGUGCGUGGCAACCGCCUCAUGGUAUUGCUGUAUCUGGUCCUGAUCAUCGUUGUCUACUUGUUCGAGUGUGCGUCUUGCAUCACAUCUUACACACACCGUGACUUCAUAUCUUCAAAUUCCAAGUUAAUAACGAAACAGAUGUUGACCUAUUACUCUGCAGACACAUACCAAGGCCGGGAGCUCACCCGUAUGUGGGACCGCUUCAUGAUGGAGCAACAAUGCUGCGGUACCAACAACCCCAUGGACUGGGUGAACAACACCUCAGUCUUCCGCAGCAGGUAUCCUGAAGUGGUGGCCCCUUGGCCCUUCUACUGCUGCAAGCGUGACCCCAACUUCAUCAUCAUCAAUGAGGAAGGCUGCCGGCUGGGGCAUAUUAACUACAUCAACUCUAAGGGCUGCUUUGAGCAUAUCAAAAAUGCAGUCGACAGCUAUGCCUGGGGUGUCUCCUGGUUCGGCUUUGCCAUCCUUAUGUUCACGUGUCCAGUAGUUCUUGUAGCCAUCUACCAUUACACUAUAAUGUGAGGAAGCCAAACAAUCCAGCUGCCCUGCGAAGGUGAAUGGAUGCCCUCUCUGGCUCCUCUAAGCAGCAGAAGUCGUCCUCCAACCUCCUAAGGAGACCUCUGCAGGCUUCUCUCUGAUCAGGCUAUACCACUGUGUACCUUCAAAGGCCGGCCAGUUCUCUCUGUGUGUCUGUGGCUGGUCUUGCUGCUGAGCACCUGAACGCUGCUAUCCCAGCGCUUGAAUCUCCUAGGGAGAAAACUUCCCAAUUAAUUCCUUUGUGCAACUUCUUGUAUUUUUUUUUAAAACAUGUAAUAAAUACUGUUUGGAAAACCACAAAAAA